AUGGAGCCUACUUCCGUUAUCGACGAUGCUGAGUUCUGGCUUCCGCCGGAGUUUCUCACCGACGAGGAUUUUCUCGUUGAGAAGGAGAAUAACGGUGGUGAGAUCGAAAAGUCUAACGAAAAACGUCAUGGAUUUGACUCGUUUGGGUUGGACUCGGGUUUUGGCUCUGCCUUUAAGCCAAUCGGUGACGAGGAUAAUUUCUUAGCCGGAUUGACCAAGCAGAUGGUCCAGUCUACUCUGGAAGACGAUUUCUCCACUGGAUUUUCCGGUAACGGCGCUUUUCCGGCCGCGAAUGACAACAAGGCGUGGGGUACGACUCGUUCGCCUCUCUGUACAGCCGGAAUCGAAUGCGGCUGCCGGAAUCAGCGGUCAAUCCAGAACUGCCAGUCGCGAGUUUCUUCUCAGGCGACAUGGGAUCUGUACUGCGCCGCGGCGGAGGAAAUGGCGAAGAUGAAUAUCAAAGACGAAUCGUACGGUCACAACAACCAGAUUGACAGAGGAUUUCUAAAUCUUCCUCGGAAACAUCCCCUCGCCGCCGCUAAAAUCCCUAACAACGGCUCUGCUUACCACAACCACCAGUCUCUCUCAUACCAGAAGCUACAAGCUAUCCAAUUUCAGCAGCUUAAGCACCAACAAAUGAUGAAACACCAUCGCCAAUUGCUGCAGAGCAGAUGUAAAAUUAUUAGCAACAAAAACGGUGGUGGUCCAGUGGGUUUGUCGCCAUCUGCAUGGGCUAAUCAGCUUCCGAGACGCGACGGUUCGGGUAUGCGGGCUGUUUUCCUCGGAGGCCACGCCGGAAAACGUGGCUCAACCGGAACCGGCGUCUUCUUGCCCCGUAGCGUUAACCAUACUUCCCCUGCAACCUCUGAGAAGCUUAAUAAGUCCCCUCCUGCGGCGGUUUUGGUUCCGGCGAGAGUGGCGGAGUUCCUGAACCUAGACGAUUCGGUGGUCCACCCAGUGGUUCGUUCUUCAACAGCUCUCAACGCAGAUGUGCCGUGGAGACAGCGGAGCAACAAUGGCGGAUUAUCGAGGCAGAUUCACAGUGGCGUGAGGUCGGAGCAGACAGUGAACGAGCUUCAGUUACCUUCGGAAUGGGCUUACUGA